ACACAUAUUUAUCUAAGACAAACAAACAGCUUUGCGACUCAGUAAUUUUUGACUAGGUUGCGUGUAAAUCAGACAGAUCAGGAAGAUGGAUGCCAACAGAAAGAGUCUUUCUGUAGCUUUUAUAAUUUUUGCAUUGUCUCUUAAAUUAUGUACAUCUGCUGUCGAUCGUACACGGGAAGAUCGCGCGGUGGGGGCAGACAUAGUGGAAGCAGUUGUUGACAUCAUCAGAGAAAACUGUGUCUACACAAACGACCGUGUAUUUCUCAGACGGCUUGCCUAUGUGGAAUCAAAAGAUGGCCUCAAUACGAACACUUUCAGGCCUCAUUUCUAUGGUGGAAUUUGGCAGAUUGGAAAGGCCGAGUUCGAGUCCACCAAACACUGUAAUGGUGUCGAAGACAUGUGUCAGACUAUUGAAGAGAAGCUUCACAUUGAUUGGCGAAGAGUGGUGUGGCAGGACCUAACUAAACCUCUGUACUCUGGGUUGGCUGCGAGUUUGAAUCUUCAGCAGAUUGCUGGAAAUAAUACUCCUGGUGUCUUACAAAGGCAGGCAGAUUUUUGGGUGAAAAACUAUAAUAAAGGAAUGACGGCGUCUCACUUUAUAUCUGAAGUGCAAAAAAUUCCCGAUGAGAAAUGCCAAAUUGAUUUAGCCUUUAUUAUGGACGGAUCUGGAAGCAUCAGAUUUUUAUCUUUUCUUCGGAUGUUGGAGUUUGUAAAAAACGUUACAAAGCAAUUUGAUAUCGGUCCUCAUGCUGUUGAAAUAGCAGCCAUCUCUUUUAGCAGCUUUGCGAGAGUAGAGUUUGGAUUUGGAACGUACCACAAUCGAGUUGCUCUUGAGAAUGGAAUUGAUACAAUACAAUACGAUGCUGGAGGUACCGAUACUGCAUCAGGAAUUGAAAUAGCUAGAGAAUCUGUAUUCCGCUACAGAUCAAGACCAAGUGCUAGAAAAGUUGGACUAGUUAUUACUGACGGGUACUCCAAUAGUUUUUAUAGAACUGUUCAGGAAGCAACGUAUGCUAAAGAUGCUGGUAUUGUUCUCUUUACGAUUGGGAUUGGGAAUGUAAAUGAACAAGAACUAAAUGAGAUUGCCAGUGAUCCGAACUGCACGCACAUUUUCUUCAUCUCCGAGUUUUCUGAAAUUGACAGUUUAGUUUAUGAGAUCAAGAAGGCUGCAUGCAGGGCACCAAUAUCGAUACAAUUUCCGCCAUCCACUGCCAAUUCAACGACAGAAGUUACCGAUAUAUUUGGAUCCACCCUUUCACCUUCAAUGAUUCCACCGAACAACGAGAAUAAAAACCAUACUAUAACCAACUCCCUUCCUGAUAAGACAACCGUAGUAGUGGGGACUACAGAUGACAAUACGACCACUGUUGUGGAUCUGAAGGUAUUCUGUGGAAUCGUCCACGUGUACAUGUCUUACGACAACCCUCACCCCAGUCCUGUCCUCUACAGCCAGACGCUGACGGCGACGGACGGACAUCCAGUAGUUCUAUACCUCAACAAAACCGUGGACGGGCGCCCGCUCUAUAUGUCCUAUGUGGGAACGAAACUACCACCAGAAGCGGCUGGUUUGAAAAACUGUAGCGAUGCAAAAUAUGUGACCACCUUUUUCAAAACAAAUAAAACAGAUGUUGAAAUUAUUUGUCGACAAAAUGGCGUGGAUCGUGAAUGCACGAAAGUGGAUAUUACUUCUAAUGAAAAAUUUAAGGAAUAUUUGUGCAGUUCCACAGGAGACGUUAAUCAACUACCACUUGCAAAUCCUUGCACGGCGACCGCCAUACAAAACAACGAAAUGUACCACCCCCACCCGUAUGACAACACAAAGUUCAUCAGAUGUGACUAUCAACAGAAGAUGUACAUCACACAGUGUCCAAAUGGAGAAAGAUAUCACCAGGGUUCCCAUUCUUGUGGAUCUACCACUGUUACUAUAUCUGGAGACAAAACACCUCUUGAUCCCGACCUGUCAAAUCCUUGUACUGCUCAAGCACUAAUGAAUCACCAGUUCUUCUUCACUUAUACGAGAGAUAACACCAAGUUCAUUCAUUGUGACGUCUGGGGUCAUGCAUGGCUAAUGCAAUGUCCUUCAAAUUUAGUUUGGAACCAGCAGGGUCAGACAUGUAUUGAAAACACGCAUACUUCUUCUAACCCGUGUACCCAGGACCAGGUGGACAAAGGCAUCACGAUGUUUCCCCACCAAGAUCCCCACAAGUACAUCCACUGCGACAACGCCCUGAACCCUUGGGUGCAGUCCUGUAACAGUGGAACUGUGUUUGAUUUCGCGUCACAGAAUUGUGUGUGGGAUACCAGUGCAUCCAUUGUUGGUUGAUCGACAACUCGUGUUAUUUUCAGUGGUUUUUGAUACGAGCGAUCAUCAAUAUACUGCCUAUGAAAUUAUACUAUAUGUACCUAUUAAAAUUAAUACUGGAUAUUAA